AUGCACAACCUGAUUGCCCCCUUCCCAUUUCAAAGGGAAGGUGGGCGGAAGGGUAGGCGCAAAACGAUCACCCCGUCUCAUGUCAUUGACAGGUUGGGGCGGCGAUCAUCGGAGGAUUUUGCACCAUUACAUCUGAUCGCCGAACCAGGCAGGCGAAUCAGGGACAAAUUCCCUGAUCGCAUCACUGAACACUUCCUAAAGCCGGGAUCACACCCAGCUAAAGGAUCGGCUGAAUUUGAGGAAUGGUUCCAGACUACCUGGGUGCCUAUCUUCCGACAAGUGGUUCGAGAUGAGAACUCUUGUUAUCUCUUCACCGACGGGUCCCUCCUUCCGGAUGGAUCAAGAUCAGGGUGUGCCUGGCUCACUAUGUCAGGACACAACUACCUUAACAGUGGGAAGUUUGGUGCAGGGCGCUGCACAAUCUUUGAUGCUGAAAUGAUGGCAUUGGCUAGAGGCAUUCACAGUGCCCUCCACGAUGCACCUCAAAACUGCACUCAUUUGGUGCUAUGUGUUGAUAAUGCGGGAGCGUUAUCCAAGAUCCUCAACUGUGAGAUGGGCCCCAGUCAACUGGUGUCUAUACUUGCGGCGGAAAAGGUGAUGAAGUUUCUCCAACGGAGUGAACAACAUCAUAUCUCCUUGCUUUGGGUGCCAUCUCACAAGGAUGUUCCACCCAACGAGUUUGUUGAUGAACUAGCCAAAUCGGCUCUCGAAUAUGAGCAGCCAGAAUUUGUCUCCCAAGCACGAGCAAUGGCGGACUGUCUGACCAGAGCGAAGAUCAAGUGGGCAAAAUAUUAUUCAUCCUACAAAUAUAGAGGGAGGAACAUGUGGAUCCUCAAGAACCACAAUCCCCUCUCACAUUUGUCUACUAGGGCAUACCCAAUGCGAUACCUGGGUAAGAACAACCAAGGCAUGGCACGAGCUGCUAGGGUGUUGAGUAAUCAUUUCCCUUGCGGUUCAUACAGGGAGGAGUAUCAUAUCCCUGGACCCCAUAAUUGCCCGUGUUCAGGGACCCUGGACGAUAGGGACCACACCUUGUUUGACUGUCCCAUGUGGAUCAGGCCAAAACAGGGCAUCGUGCAGAAUUAUGCACCCGACAACCUGCGCCAGGCGCAGGUGCGUCGUCAACGAGGAUGGACAGAGGAUGACGUUCUCAUCUUCCUGCGCCUCAACCCUAUGGUGGCAACGUUUGAGUGGGCGGAAAUCCUCGCUCAGGCUGCCACCGACCGGGAGGAGGGCGAUCAUUAUUCGAUCGCCAAUGCCCUCUUAUACAGUCACACCGUAAUGCGGAAAUCUGUGUUUGCGGCCUUUUGUGCGAGGAUUAACAUGGACCCCGCAGACGUUCACCCCGAUUCCAAGGAUUACGUCUUCUUUGUUAAGGAGUUCAAUGCUGAUGUUACAGCAUCUCGAUUGAUCGAGGCAUGGAGGACCCAAGCCCCGGCAUAUCCCCCACCCGCGUUCAUCGCGGACACACAGAUGGCCGACUAUCUCGUUCUCGAGCAAGCAAGCCCUACAGACGUGAGACCAUCACAAACAGUAUCACCCCUCAGUUUGUUCGAGAGUGAGGGGAACGAUUCGGGGUGA